AUGGCAAGCUCUUCUUCCCCUUCCAGGGUGAAAGCAGACACUGAUACACCCCAAGAACAAGUGUUCAUUAACUUCCGUGGAGUCGAACUACGGUACAACUUCGUCAGCCAUCUCGAGAAAUGCUUGAAAAGGAAUGCGAUCAAUGCCUUCAUAGAUACAGAUGAAGAGAAGGGCCAAGAGUUGAAUGUUCUUCUCAAAAGAAUCGAAGGGUCGAGGAUCGCGCUAGCGAUAUUCUCCCCAAAGUACACGGAGUCAAAUUGGUGUUUGAAGGAGCUUGCGAAGAUGAAGGAAAGAAUGGAGCAAAGCAAGCUCGUGGUGAUUCCAAUAUUUUACAAGGUGGAGCCAGCCACUGUUAAAGAACUCAAGGGAGAGUUCGGCGAUAAUUUCAGGGAGCUGGUGAAGUCUAUUGACAAGAAAACCAAGAGUCAAUGGAAGGAAGCUUUGAAAUCUGUUCCUCUCUUAAUGGGUUUCACGUUGGACGAGAAAAGCUAUGAGGGCGAAAUCAUCACAAAAGUCGUCAUGGAGGUUAAGCAAGUGCUAAACAGACUUUCAAAGGCUUCUCUUAGUCCCCCAGAAUGUAAUGGACUAUCUCCACAAAGACACCAGAAAAGUCGAGAAAGCUCCUGGGGAAUCGAACACCGACUUAAGCAACUAGAAGAAAAGUUAAGCUCUGGUCUCGAAGAAACAACUCGUGUCAUUGGUGUUGUUGGGAUGCCUGGCAUUGGUAAAACCACCCUAGCUAGGAAUCUGUACGAGAAGUUGAACGACGGAUUCUUGAGCCACGUGUUAAUACCAGAUAUCCAUGAUAUUUCAAAGCAACAUGGUAGCAAGGAACAAAUUGAUGUUCUUCUCGGCAACCGCGACUGGAUUAAGCCGGGAAGCAAUAUUGUCAUUGCAACAAGCGAUAAGUCAUUGAUACAAAACUUGGUCGAUGAUUUUUACGAGGUCCCUCGAUUAAGCGACAGAGACGCUUUCAAGCACUUUAUUCAUUAUGCAUUUGAUGAUCAACAAGGAGAUCAUGCUCUUGAGCUAGGAAAGUUCCGCAAAUUGUCGAAAGGUUUUGUGCAUUAUACAAAAGGAAAUCCACUAGCUCUGAAGAUUUUAGGAGCAGAGCUUUUGGGAAAGGAUGAGACUCAUUGGGAAUUAAAACUAGCUGCAUUGAAUCAGCACCAUAAAAGUCCACCAGGACAAAGCACAAGCAAGAUGCUUCACAAUGUUUGGAAAGGGAGUUACGGUGGAUUAAGUCAACAACAGAAAGAUACGCUUCUUGACAUAGCAUGCUUCAAGUCGCUAGAUGAGAAUUACGUAAUGAGUUUAUUGGAUUCUGAUGGGGCUAUGAAUGAAGUACAAAAUCUCGUUAACAAGUUCAUGAUUAAUAUUUAUGCGGGCAAAGUAGAGAUGCAUGAUACUUUGUAUAUGCUCAUUAAGGAACUUGGUCAAGAAGCUACUGCUGCAGAUGGUAAAGGCCGGCAUAUGUUGUGGUACCACCGUACAAUAAUGGAUGUGCUACAAAGAAAUAAGGGAGCUUUUAAUGUCAGAUCUAUUUUCCUUGACUUGUCUGAUAUAACAAGAAAAAUGAGCUUCCACAGCCAUGCUUUUGCCAAGAUGAGCGAUCUAAGAUAUCUCAAAAUCUACAGCACUCAUUGUCCUCAAGAAUGUGACCGUGACAUUAAAUUAAACUUCCCUGAAGGACUCCAGUUACCAUUGAAUGAGGUGCGAUGUCUCCACUGGUUGAAAUUCCCAUUGAAAGAAGUUCCACAAGAUUUCAACCCGGUCAAUUUGGUUGACCUUAAGCUUCCUUACAGCAAGAUUGAACAUGUUUGGGAGGAUAACAAGGAUACAUCAAACCUAAAAUGGGUCGAUUUGAAUCACUCAAGGAAUUUGAGCACUUUGUCAGGGUUAGGAAAGGCUCAAAAUCUUCAAGAAUUAUAUCUUGAAGGUUGCACAGCGCUGAAAAUGUUGGAUAUAGAUAUGCAAAACAUGAAGUGUCUGGUUUUCUUGAACCUAAGAGGAUGCACAAGUCUCCAGUCGCUCCCAGAGAUUAAAUUGAUCUCUUUGAAAACUCUCAUUCUCAGUGACUGCUCAAAGUUCAAAACCUUUCUGGUUAUUUCAGAUAAGCUAGAAGCUCUAUACUUGGAUGGCACUACAGUAAAAGAACUCCCUUGUGACUUCUUGAUCCUCCAGAGACUUGUGCUAUUGAACAUGAGAGGCUGCAAGAAGCUGAAAAGAUUCCCUUGCAAUUUCGGUGAGCUGAAAUCUCUUGAAGAACUGAUACUUUCUGGCUGCUCAAAGCUCAAAGAACUUCCAGAGAGUGGGAAAAACAUGAGCCGUUUAGAGAUUCUGCAUUUGGAUGAGACAAGCAUAGAAGAGAUACCAAUAAUAUUCUCAGUGCGGAGUUUAUGCUUGAGCAGGAAUGAAGAUAUUAGGCGCCUUCCGGAUCUAAUCAAUCAGUUCUCUCGACUGCAAUGUCUUGAUUUGAAGUAUUGUACGAAUCUUACGCAUGUUCCUCAGCUUCCACCAAAUCUUCAAUGUCUAGAUGUAAGUGGUUGUAGCUCACUGAAAACAAUUGCGAAACCUCUGGUAUGUUCUGUUCCGGUGGAGGAUAUCCAUUCCAAGUUCAUUUUCACAAACUGCAACGAAUUGGAAAUAGCUGCAAAGGAGGAGAUUGUAGUCUAUGCUAAACAAAAGUGUCAGUUUCUAUCAAGUGCACUUAAACACCGCAAUGGGGGUUGUGUUCCUGAGAUUUUGUUCGAUACUAGCUUUCCUGGAUGUGAAAUGCCUUCAUGGUUUUCACACGAAGCAAUCGGAUCUAUGGUGGAGUUUGAAUUACCUCCUCACUGGAAUCACAAUAGGCUUUAUGGGAUAGCCCUAUGUGUUGUUGUCUCAUUUCAUAACUGUCAAAACCAUACCAACUUGUUAGUCAAAUUCACUUCUGAGCAAAAGACCAGGGAGGGCUCUUGCCCCGGCAUUACCUGGAAGGUUGGAAAUUUGAUUGAGCACGCCGAUGAAGAAGAAAAGGUUGAGUCAGAUCAUGUCUUUAUUGGCUACACCAACUGCUUAGACCUCGUACAUCUUGUUGAAGGCCAAGGUCCUCCUAAAUGUGCUCCAACCAAGGCCUCCCUUGAGUUUAUUGUCACACCAACUGGUACUAGUGGGAAAGCUAGGUUUGAAGUUUUGAGAUCUGGUUUCAGUUUCGUGUUUGAACCAGAAGAGAACAAAGUUUCAUUCCCAAGGAAUCAUGACGAAGUCUCAGGUAACACAAAGAUUAAGGGAACUCCAACCGUUAAUGGUUGUGUCAAGGAUCAAGCAAAUGGUGAUGAAUCAUGCAAAGGGCCAGUGGCAGACUUACAUUGA